CCGCGCCUGGACUCGACCAAGCAACGUAAAGAUGCCUCGAGAACACCGUCUUCUGAGGGUGCUCAUUCCCAAACUCCACGCACCAACACUGCCCCGCCACCUGGCUCUGCUGAUUCGCCUGGACGACCCUACCCCGAGAGCAUUCCUGCGCAGCCUCCUGGAUAUCCUCCGUAUCCACCGUACAUGUACCCGUAUAUGCCCAUGCCAUUCUAUCCCACAGCCUUCCAGCCCACCAUGCCACCACCAACUCAGUAUCAAAACUGGACACUGCCGACACAUUCGCCUCAGCCUCAGUAUCGAGCACCUCCCGCGGCAUCGUCAUCAAGAGGACCUGCGUUCUUCCACGACGGAGCACCAACAGGGUUGGGCGCAGAGUGCCAUCUGUGUUCCACAUGUCCGUGUGGCUACUAUGGACACUCCUGCCACCCUGGCCACUGUCAUGUAUGUGAACACUCGCACUCGCAUCAAACCUCGCAUUCGCACAGCCGGCGAUGCAGCGAAUGCAGACGCCGGCGCAAAAAAAAGCACAGAAAUGCUCGAAGCGAAAGCUCGCCAUCCAACUCUGCAUCUCAGCAAGAGUCUCGCAGCAAACGAUCCUCCAAAGGAAAGGGGAAGGUCGUAUCGCCGACGCCGUCCGCCGACGAGGAUAGUAUUGUCGAAGAGAUUAUUGGCGCUCCUGACUCACACUCUCAGAGCGAGUCACAGGAGCUUCCUGUUCAAGAUCGAAAUGAUCCGCCUCGACGCACUUUGCCGAGCGAGCCAGAAUCCAGCAAAAGUCAAGAGCUGAGAGGGUGUCAUGAGCGGCGGUAUCGAUGCAGUACCUGCAGUCAUCACGGGCGCUCAGAUCGCCCCUCCAAACAGCAGCAGCACAGCACAGGGUCAUCCCCACAACAUUACCAAUCCUACAUUGAGCAUGCGCAAAGCACCUCGCUCUUGGGUGACGACUCUCUCUCAUUGAUUGCCACAUUCCAUCCGAACAUAUUCGUUCUCAACAAUCUAUUAGCAAGCCAUCUGCGGUUGAUCCAGGACUUUGUCAAAAUGAACCAGAAGCUGAACGAGGAUGAGCAAAAUGCAUCGCACUAUGUUCGAUAUACGACACUUGAGGACACCAAACGGGAGAUCGAGUCGCGGCGCAAGCCAGAGCUCACAUUCGAGGAGGCUCUCGAGCAAGUCAAGCGAGAUUCGUAGCGACAACGGCGCUCCGAAUGCAUGCGAGUGUGUCGUUCCGUAUUACCGGUCCUGGGUACUUGGCAUAUGAAACAGAUGGUCAAUGGCACCCUGUAGCACGGCCAUCUACAGAGGCAGAAGUGCCAUGCGAGGAUCCCACCGGAUCCAAAGAAGCUGAAGAGCGAUUCGACACAGCAUGCCCGCGGCAACGAUAGGAAUGACGCUUCUGGGCUUGUGCUCAUUUAGCAACACUGCGACCAGCAAAGGAAAGUACAGAGUUGGGCAGGCAUCAGAUACCAGCCAUGCAAUCCGAGACGGUCUGGCUCGGAGAUUGCCUGGCAGACCGGGAGAGAGAGAGAGAGAGAGAGGAGAAAGGGAGCAAACGGACAUCUCAAGGCUCGGCCGAGAGCAGCAUCGACCACUGACUGCCAUUCGAGGGCCGCCAGGAUGGUGCUCA